GCGGGCCCGGCUCAUCAGGGCCCAAAUCCGGCCGUCGGAGCACGGAUCGCAUCGGAUCCGCCGAAGCACGGAUCGCAAUGGAUCCGCCUUACGCUGGCUGAGAGACCCGCCGAUUGACCUAGCGGACUCCGGGAGUCACUCUGGUUCGCCGUGGUUCCUCGCCGUCCGUCCCGUCCGCCGGCGCGACUCGCGAGAAAGGCCGCCGAACACACCUUCUGCUCCAGUGGCCCAGUGAGCCGUCCUUUGCCUCCUUGCUUGGUUUAGGGCAUCUCCAAUUUUGGAAAUUUUACUGAAAUUUCAUAAACCCUGAGUGUAAACCUUGUAUCCCCUCAACCAGAAGUGACAACAAAAACAAAAUGUACUGGAGUGCUAUUACUAAUCCACUAGUCACCUGUAGAAAGAAACGUUUGAUCUCAAGCAAAGAAGAGAAGAUCCCCCUGCCGCCAUGGAAAAAGACUGCAAAAGCAUCACCAAUGUUGCCCGCUGGGUCAAGCUGCUGAAGAUCGACGGCUACUGUGCUGCCAAAACCAUGGGCAAUGAGGAUUGCAUCAAAUCCAGCUGUAGCGUUGGUGGGUAUGACUGGGAGAUCUGUAUCUAUCCUGCGAUGGUGCCACCUGAUCGGCGUGCUCGCGACCGCACUCCGUGGGUAGUAGUGAAGCUCGUGUUCCUCAGUGAAACCUGCCCUUCCAUCGUGAGGGCGAAUCUGAGCUGUCGUUUGGUUGAUCCGAGAGGUGUGCUUGGUCCAUCUCCAGAGAAGAGUGUGUCAUGUAUAUUCAAUCGUUCGUGGAUAUCCCGCUGCCUCGAGAUGUGCUCGCCUUUUGUUAACGAAGAUUGCUCGCUUCCAGUUUGCCUCAAGUCGACAGGCGAGCUAGCAGCAUCGGGUUAUCUCAGGAAUGAUUCUUUUACCGUGCAAUGCACCAUCACGGUGCUCAAGGAGGAUGUGCCAGCAGCGAGGAUCCCGGUUAAAGAAGUGUCUGUAUCAUCCCCUAGCUUGCAACACCACCUUGCUGAACUCCUGCAUAACAAGACAGGAACAGAUGUCACAUUUCUCGUUUCCGGCAAGUCUUUCGCUGCGCACAAGCUCAUUCUCGCUGCAAGGUCCCCUGUGCUCAUGGCCGAGUUCUUUGGGCACAUGAAGGAGACGAGCUCUCAACAUGUGGAGAUCAAUGAAAUAGAGGCGGUGGUGUUCAAGGCGUUGCUGUACUUCAUCUACACUGACUCUGUGCUGGAAUUCGGUCUGCAGCAUGAGGCGGUGACAAUGUUGGCUCAGCAUCUACUUGCAGCUGCAGACCGGUAUGGACUGGACAGGCUCAAGGAGAUCUGCCAAGGCAAGCUCUCUGAUGGCAUCAGUGUGGACACCGCGGCGACCACUUUGGCUUUGGCUGAGCAGCACAAUUGCCCACAGCUCAAGGCUAAGUGUGUUGAGUUCAUUGUUAGCACUCCUGCAAUUCUUGAUGCUGUCUUGGCGACGGAUGGAUAUAAGCAUCUGGAGGCAAGCUGCCCUACGGUGUUGCCUGACCUUCUCAAGUCUGCACGUGGGAGAAACAGUUGAUGGGUAGCAAUGGUGCUAAAGGUCCAAGAUUUGGCAAUGCUUAUAAUUCCUGUUCGUACGUGCUUGCCGUGAAAGCAUUGUGUA